GUUGAUUAUGUGUUUGACAUUGGUAGUAGCACAUGGAAAACAUUACACAGUGAAGAACAACUUAAGAAUAAUCUUUCUAUCUUGUUGAAGUGGUCUCCAUUCACCACAGAAGCCGAACUUCUGAAGCAUUGUGAUGACAUAGGCCCCCAUGGUACCAAGAUAAUUGUUUACAAUUUAUGGCAAAACGAUGAAGGAAAAAUGGAAAUUGAUUUUGAGUCAGAUAAGGAGGAUAUUCGUUUAUCUGCUAAAGGUAACAUUACUGCAAGAGGUGCUCCUCGGAAUGACCCAAAUGAAAAUCAUCUUGCUAACCGUCUUCACUAUUCACUACGUACGCAAGCAUCCAUCCGAAACCGAUUAAGGCAUUGGAAAUCCAUAUUGGAAUGUGAGAAC